AUGUCCCAGGCUGAGAAUUCCCAGCCAAAGGAUCAGUUGGAGCAUGUCGAGUCUAUCGGGGUCGAGCAGCCUCAGGCCCCUGACGUCGCGGCCAACCCGGUCCCCAAGGGGGAUCAGGCUAUUCAACUGAUCGAAAUUGCAGGAGGUUCGAUAACCUUGACCCCCGAGAACAAUAAACGGGUGCUUCGCAAGAUCGACCUGCGUCUACUACCUAUUCUGCUGUCCAUUUACUUCCUUCAACAGCUCGACAAAUCCACUCUAUCUUAUGCCUCCGUAUUUGGCCUGGUUGAAAAAGCUCAUCUACAUGGAUCGAUGUACUCCUGGCUGGGCUCAGUGGUGUACGUGGCCCAGUUGGUCUUCCAACCCUUGGUUGCCUAUCUUUUGGUGAGAGUGCCCCUUGGAAAGUUUAUGGCAGUGUCCGUUCUUCUUUGGGGCAUUGCUCUGUCCUGUAUGACGGCGGCGGAGACAUUUGCAGGAUUGAUGGUGUGCCGAUUGUUCCUUGGUAUCUUUGAGGCUGGAAUCGCCCCGGCUUUCAUCGCAGUCACCCAGAUUUGGUAUCGUCGUCGCGAACAGCCCGUCCGACUCGGCUCGUGGUAUGCGAUGAAUGGAGUUGUCAAUAUGUUUGGAAGCUUGAUCACCUACGGCCUGGGUCACAUUAAGUCGUCCAUCCUCGAGCCUUACCAGAUCAUCUUCCUCUUCUUCGGUCUGAUCACUGUUGGCAUUUCCGGUGCCGUUCUUGUCUUCAUGCCAGACUCGCCGAUUACUGCCAAAUUCCUGGAUGAUGAGGAUAAACUCGUUGCCAUUGAAAGACUUCGCAUGAACCAGCAGGGCAUUGAAAGCCACGAGUGGAAAUGGGAACACGUGAAGGAAGCAUGUCUGGACCUGAAGUCCUGGCUAUGGUUUUCAUUGAUGGUCUCAAUUUCUAUCCCUAGCGGUGGUAUUACUACUUUCGGACCCUUGAUUGUCGAGUCUUUCGGGUUCAGCUCUCUGAAUACUAUCCUCCUCAAUGUGCCCUUUGGCGUCGUCCAACUCAUUGCCACCAUGGGUGGUGCCUGGUUGGCCACUGCUUUAGGUAAAAAGGCUCCUGUGUUGGCCCUCCUUUGCAUCCCUCCCAUCGCAGGUUGUAUUAUGCUGCUGAAGAUCCCCCAUGACGAUGCUCAUAAAGGACCUCUGCUUGUUGGAUAUUACAUUAUCUCCGUCUAUCCCGGCAUUACGCCAUUGAUUUACUCAUGGUCUGCUGGAAAUACCGCAGGAGAGACAAAGAAGAAGGUGACAACUGGUAUUCUUCUUGUUGGACAAUGUGUCGGUAAUAUCAUUGGACCAACUCUAUACACUACCGAAGAGAAGCCUCUCUAUCGCCGUGGUCUUACCGCCGACCUUGCCCUUUUCUGCGUCUUGGUGGCUCUCAUCGGCUUGAAUGCGGCAUAUCUCUUUUUCCUCAAUAAGAAACACGAGAAGCAGCGUGUUGCCAUGGGCAAAGAAGCCAAAAUUGUGGACUACUCGAUGCAUGCCGUGGGCGCCAUUAUUGAAGACAAAGAAGGCCUUCCCGUGCAGCAGGUUGUUCAAGACAAUGCAUUUAAGGACCUGACGGAUAUGAAGAACGAGGAUUUUGUUUACGUAUACUAG